GCGGAACGCUGGGGCACUAGGACCGCGCAGCGCAGCAGAGCAGCAGCAGCAGCGUCUCUUUGUUCAGCGUGCAACAUCUCUCCUCCUCUUCUCGCGCUCCGCAGUGACUCUCGCGUUCCUCAUCAUCACUGCUACACUGGUCUGGAUGAUUGCAGUGGCAGCAACAUGGCUGUGAAUCUCAGCAAGAACAGACUGGCCCUCUUAACAGCCUACCAGGACGUUAUCAACGAGACCUCGGCUACCGACUGGGCCUUAUACUCGUAUGAAGAUGACAGUAACGAUUUGAUCCUGUCUGCUUCAGGAGAUGGGGGUCUGACAGAGAUUGCAGUAGCCUUCGAUAACACUCUGAUCAUGUACGGUUUCUGCAGCCUGAAGGAGCCCAGCGCAGCCCUGCCACGCUACAUCCUCAUCAACUGGGUUGGUGAAGAUGUGCCUGAUGCCAGGAAGUGUGCCUGUGCCAGUCAUGUAGCCGCCAUAGCGGAGUUUUUCCAGGGUGUUGACAUCAUCGUGAACGCUAGCACCAUGGAUGACAUCGACCCCUCAGCUAUCGGACAGAGGCUGACCAAUGGGACGGCUCCAGUGGCCAGUCCAGUGCUAAGCCGCCUGCGAAUGAAAGACGAGGAGAACGCAGAGCACGUUGGCACCACCUACGAGAAAACAAAUGCAGAGAUCGAGAUGAAGAAAAUCAAUCGGGGAGAGUUCUGGGAACAAGCCAAGCGGGAAGAAGAGUUGAGAAAGGAGGAAGAGAGAAGGAAGGCUGUGGAGGAACAGAAGCGCUUUGAAACCGAGAGGAUGGAGCUGGAAAGAAAAGAGCAAGAGGAAAGAGAGAAGCGCUACCGUGAGAGGGAGCAGAAGAUCGAGGAACAGAGGAAGAAGAUGCAGGAGGAGGAAGAGGCCAAAGAGAGGAAUCAACCCUUGAAUGUAAGAACAGAUCCCAGUUAUGAAGACCCUGCCCUGGAGAAAAGAGAAACAGAGGUUGAGGAAGCGGCAGCCAUCAUUGCCCAAAGGCCCAUUAACCCACGGGAAUUCUUCAAGCAGAGAGAGAGGGCCAUAGCCAACAGCGUGGACAUCUCACCAGUCACCACGCACAGGACCGGCCGCUUGGACAGUCCAUUCUUGAGGCAGCAGCACAGUCCAUCCGAUUGCAGCCCGCCCCCUUCUCGCACUCCGCCCCAUUCACGGCGGCAGCCAGGUCCACCUGAUGACUCUGCUGAAGGAAUCCUCGAGCGCAGCAUGACCACUGGAUGCACUCCCAUCCCCAAAAUCGCCAUUCAGGAGGACAAAGAGGACUUCAUUCGAAAGGAGUUAGCCUUUGACACUCCCAAGCAGACUCCAGUGCAGGAUUCCGGCUUUGCCAAGACCUCUCCAAGUGUUUCCCCCCAACCCAGCAGCACCGCUCCAUUAUCCAGCACAGACGACAGCCUGCUAGACUUGUGGGACAGUGGCCCAGCACCAGCUACGGCCGCCUCCCGGGCCCCCAGCCACAUUAUGGACCUGAUGGAGGACACCCCGGAGCCUCAUCUUGCCAGCUCCUCCCCUGCUCUCCCGCAGCCGCUCCUGAGCUUCGAUGAGGUGCCUGACACCCCCUACUGCACCGGCACAGAGGACGACCCCUCUAGCCUGGUGGAUGUGGCCGGACCCCACCAGAUGACCCUGAGUUACCAGCAGGCCCUGCAGCAUGCUUCCGGCUCUGACAGCCAGGAUCUGGAUGACGGACAGCUAUUGUUGACCAAUGGAGAUACGCUUCUUAAAGAAGGGACCCAGGCGAGUGAAGGCUACUUCAGCCAAUCACAGGAGGAGGAUUUUGCCCAGUCAGAUGACUGCACUGCAAAAGUCAACCCAACACCAGUUUUUUAUAACAAACCACCAGAAAUCGACAUUACGUGCUGGGAUACAGACCCUGUGAUGGAAGAUGAUGAUGAAUAGGAGCAACUGAGGGAAAAACAGGCGACACCUCUAUGAAAACUUAUUUUGCAACAGUUACAGAAGUCUUGCAUUAAAAUGUUUUAGAUAAAAAAAAACAACAACAAAAACAAUGUUAGCCACAGAAGAAAAGGACUCGGGUUAUUGUUAAAGAUGCCAGUGGGUAUGAGCGCUCUUGGUUCAUGUAUGUGUGCAUGAGUGCGUUUAUUAUUUAUUUUGAUCUUUUUUUUUUUCUAUGCAGAGUAUAGCACAGUGUGUCUCUAGCGUUCACCUGUGUUGUAUCGAUCCCUGUGCCUAACAGGUGUGUGUAGUAGCAGAUUAGACCGGUCUGUUUCUCCUUUAUCAACACUGAUCUUAGGUCUGCUCAGUGGUUCAAGUUCCCUACAAUCUUAAUUGCUUAGUUGAAUCACACGUGUUUGAGUGUUAUGCCCACAGGGGCGUUUGCUUUGAUGACUCAAUCGGUCAGAGACGGUCGAACCCUCACCUUCACAGAAGCAAAGGCAUGUCAGAACUUGAUUUUAGCUCCAGUUGAGUCAUUCGUAUUUAGCAAACGGAAAAUAAAAGGGGUUUAUAUGUGAUUACGAAACAAUUUUGUGUUGUGCCAAUUAUUUUGAGUAUGACGGCCUUUUAGGACUUUAGCGCCAGGUGGCAUAUGUAUAUUUUGACUACAUAUGAGACAGUGUAUAUAAACAAUGGAUGAAACUGACAUUUUUGUUGUAAAAACUCCAAUAGAGCUUUGAUUCGUUGAGAAAUUUAGGCAAUAACAGUUGUAGUGGACUCCAUUGGGAAUUGUUUUAGUUAUAUAUUCGUUAGUGAGUGUGUGUAUUAUUAUUGGAAAGGCUCAGGCCUGAAACAUACUCUACGUAAGUAUGCAAAUGGUGACGCAAAUACAAAUGUGUAGUCCCGCUGUACAUAUUAGCAUGCAACCUUACUGUGGUGUUCAAAGACCAGUAGUUAAAAAUGAACAUUUUGUCAUUCUGUUUUUCGCAGAAUAAAGUGAGUCAUGCAGUUUUUGGAAUGAUAUGAGGGUGAAUAAAUGAUGACAGAAUUUUCAUUUUUGGGUGAAGUAACCCUUUAAGAAGACAAAAUAAUUACCUUCAAAUCGCUGUUAUUCAAAUAUCUCACUAUAAACAUGUAAGCAGUUAUCUAACUUGCUACCAAGAUUCAAACUGUCACUCCACUAUGACAGUAGUCAGUGGUUGUUGUUUUUUUCUUACAAAAGUCGGUUAAUGCUAAUGCUAGCUAUAGCACCCCAUGUGGCAGUGCUGAGAAUGCAGUGCUUAGCGUUUUGUUAUGAACUGCAUUUUUUAACACAUUCUAGUAAAACUGCGAUGAGUGAAAUCACAGCAUUUGCGUUCAUGUACUUGCGUAGAGUAUGGUUUCGACCUUAAUUUUUUUGUGGAUGUGAU